AAAUAAAUCUUCGUUCGAUCAGAGUUUCAAAGAACGAGAAGAUCACCAUGGAUGAUGAAGAAAGAGGGCCAAGGUUAAGCAAGAGAUUCUCAGACAAAACUGCCGAUGGAGAAGUUGAUUACAAAACUAAGUCGGGAACUGCUUGGUCUCAUUCUUACCUUAAUCAAAAGCCAUGGCAUCCUCUCUCCUACCCUAACCAACGCCGCAAAUGGAUUGCGGAACAGACUAACGCCCAACAAGAACGUCGUGCCGAAGAAGUUGCCCGUGAGUAUGCUCAAGAACAGGAGUUUUUCCGCCAGGCUGCCCUUGUUUCAAAAAAAGAGAAGGAAAAAAUGGAGAUGAUGAAAGCUGUUAGCUUCAUGUAUAUCCGACCACCUGGUUAUAAUGCUGAAAGUGCCAAAGCUGCAGAGAUUGCUGAGGAGAAGAAAACUCAGGAACCCUCACAAGAUCCACGUUCAGAGGACACAGAGGCAGCCCAUAUGUUGCAAAAUCCAAUGCCACCCGAUGAUCAAAAGAAGAAGUCAAGACCUAAAGAUGUUUUUGGUCGUGUCCUACCAACAGAAGAACAAUUUGAAGCCCUUAAAAAUGCCCCAAAGCUAGAGACGGGUGUAGCUGGAAGGGCAAGGCCAUUUGGAAUUGAAAUAAGGAAUGUAAAAUGUGUGAGAUGUGGAGCUUAUGGGCACCAAAGUGGUGAUAGAGAAUGUCCAUUGAAGGAUGCUAUAAUGCCUAAUGAAGAAAGCCGAUUGAAAAGAGAUGAUCCGUUAACUGCUAUUAUAGCUCAAACAGAAGCAUCUGAGCCUCUUAAGUGGGAGUUAAAACAAAAGCCUGGAAUGAGUCCACCUCGUGGUGGGUUCAGACCAGAUGAUCCAAAUCAGCAGAUUGUUGCAGAGGAUAUAUUUGAUGAAUAUGGAGGGUUUCUUGGUGAGUCGGUUAUCCCUGAUCUGCUAGCUAACUUCUCUACAAGCAAGCAUAAGAAGUCUAGUGGCAAGAGAAAACACAAAGACAAGGCGCGCUCACCACCAACGAUUGGCCACCAUCAACACAAUUUGUCUGAUGAUGAUGAUGGUGGUGGAAGGAGGUUAAAGAAGAGUAAAAGUGAACAGAAGAAGAAGAAGAAACAAAUACGGUCUGAAUCAAGUUCAUCAGAAGAAGAUGAUAGGAGUAAGAGGAGAAAAGGGAGUGGACAUAGGCGGCGUGAAAGUUCAGACUCUGAUCAGCAACAAAGAUAUGGAAGUCGUCACCGUAGCCAUCAUCACCGCCACCUUAGACGUGCCGAUUCAUCACAUUGAGAUUGUACACUUGUUUGACAUUUUUUUUAUGACAUUACUAAGGUGUUGUUUUUUUUUUAUAAAAGAGUUUAAUGGAGACAAGUUUUAGGGGUUCUUUCCUUUUUUCCAUUAAGUCUUGUAAGAGUAAAGUGGAUGAAUGAAUAUUGCUUUGUGGAUAAAAUUGGAUAACAAGG